GUCCGACAGCCUCGACAUAGGGCCAGAACAACAACAAUUUCUACGACGGUGCAUUCGCGAAUGAUGUAUGUGGACGAAGUGACGAGUGAUGCUACUUCGUUUGGAGUCCUCUCCCAGCUUCGUAGCCCAGAUGUCCGUGCGAGGCGGAACAACGUCAUGCCCACCAGCACUGGGCUGACGGAUGGCUUCGACGCACCCACAGAGGCACCCACAGACUGGAAUACCACUGGCAUCGAGGGUGUCGAGGGCCGAGACUACACAAUUAGCAUCACCGGAUAUGGGCCCUUCAUUCGAGAUAUAGAACGCAGAAUGGAAGAAGAGGAUUCGAUCCACGAACCGCCCAUAGAACGACCGGUUCGUCGCUCUAACUCGCGGGAAAGUCCCACAAACGUUGUCCGUGGCCCAGAGGUUGGACGCACCAACUCGCGAAGCCUGCGGAGCUACACAAGCAAGGACGUUCUGCCCAAACCAGGGCGCAGCAAUGCGGCCGGACUCGCGCAGAGGCCAAUAAUGGAGCAAGGUCCGGAUAACAAAAUUGCAGCGUGGAGGCAGCGGGUCGCACAGGACAGCUCCAUCAGCGUUUCGACUCACCGCAAGAUGAACUCGACUGACACACUUCCCCGACAGCCGUCUCCCAGCAAGGGGGCGCGGCAUUCUUCUGACGGGGGCAAGUCCAAGGGUACGUCCAAAGGGUCGAGCGGAGACUACGAACGCACUGAGUUUAUCAUUUCUUACCAGCAGCCUUCGCGUAAAGCUGUCGCACAACAAGCGCAGUCGGUCACUGCAUCUGAGAUCGGUUUACUAUCGCCUCGUGCUCGCCGGAUGAGCGCAGCCCAGAACCUUGCCGAGAGCUCGGUCGCUUCUCCCCGGCGUUCCGUCGCGAAGGCCUACCAGCACACCGAGUAUUCGAUGACGCAGCUCCACACCCCGCCCCGCAGCUCCGACAGCUCGUCCAAGUCGAACUCGGUGCAGCGCCCACCUGUCUCGCCGACGCAGGGCGGGACGUACCUCCCGCUGCAGGACACGGGCGGCGUGUCGCGCAUCACUGCGACGUCCCCCGUCGAUCUCAUCCUGUCGUCGUGCGAGCCGUCUCUCGUGCACAUCGGUCCGGUCCUGUCGGAGCUCGGCGUCGUCAAGAUGGAACACCUGCGCGCCGUCGCGCGGCUAAGUCCCUCGACAAGAGAUCGCGAGCUGCGGGAUCCCGCGCUGAAGAGAGGUGUCACGGUCAUGGAGUGGGCGAUCCUGCUGGACAAAAUCUUGACGCUAUGAGCUCGGCUGGCCUGUACUGCGAUCCGCUUGCUCGUGACAUAGAUUUUGACUUCUUC